UACCCGGCAGCGGCAUGGAGUGUAUUUAUUGUGCAUGUGACCGUGCCCUUGACCACUCGCAGACCGCUGCGCCCUGGAAACGAAGCUCCUGUUAACGUUGGUGAACGCGGUGGUCGGGUCAUUCCGGAAGUGAACGCCUCACCCCCCGCAAUGCACAGGAAGGAGCCCCUCAGCUAUGACGACUUCCAGUGGACUGCAGACUGGAUCAUGUCCCACACCAAACACAGACCCAAAGUAGCCAUCAUAUGCGGCUCGGGACUGGGUCUGCUGGCUGACGGCCUCCAGAAGCCGGACUCCUUUCCUUACUCGGACAUCCCUGGCUUUCCGCAGAGCACAGUGCAGGGACAUGCUGGCAGACUCGUAUUCGGGGAACUCAAGGGCAAGACGUGUGUGUGCAUGCAGGGACGAUUCCACAUGUAUGAAGGACACUCCCUCAGCAAGGUCACCUUUCCCAUCCGGGUGUUCAAGCUGUUGGGUGUGGACACUCUCAUCGUGACCAACGCUGCCGGGUCACUGGCCGACAGCUACAACACUGGAGACAUCAUGAUCAUCCGAGACCACAUCAACAUUCCCGGCUUCUCCGGCAUCAGUCCCUUGUGCGGAGCCAACGAUGAGCGGUUCGGCCCCCGUUUCCCAGCCAUGUCUACAGCCUACGAUAAAGGCCUGCGUCGACUGGCCUUCGACAUCUGCAAGACCUUGGGAAUCUCUCGCUUUGUGCGCGAGGGAGUGUACUGUAUGGUGGGGGGGCCCAACUUCGAGACCAUCGCAGAGGCCCGGCUCCUGCACAAACUGGGAGUCGAUGCAGUGGGUUCGGUGUGGUGUAAAGACGGUAAUAAUCACCCCCCACGGCGCAGGCAUGAGCACGGCCCCAGAAGUCCUGGUGGCCAACCACUGUGGCAUGAGAGUGUUCGGCCUCUCGCUCAUCACCAACAAAGUGGUGAAGGACUACGAGGACAAGGAAGCGGUGAACCACGAGGGCGUCCUGGGGGUCAGCAGCAUGCGGUCACAAAUCCUGCGAACGCUGGUCACAGAGCUGGUGGGCCUCAUGGAUGUGAACAACAACAACGACGCUGAGUGACAUCCAGAUGGCGCAGAGAGCUGUGUGUGACGCUAGUUUUGCGGCACACACACCGGUUCGAGGCAACCUGAAGUGAUCAUGGUGCUUUUUUAAACAUUUGAACAAUUUCACGAAUGUAAAUACUGUGCUCCGAGUACAAUGGUCAGGCUUUCAGCCACAGGUAAUAGAGUGCUGCCGUGUGAACCUUACAGCUGUAAAAAUAAGCGUAGAAUGUG